GUAAACCACAGACACUUUUGUCGUUCUCACACAUUUCUCUCACACUAAAAACACACAUUCUCUCUCUGCUGCAAAUCUUUUUAUCUGGACAGAAAUAAAGGAGAAAGAAAAAAACAACAAAAAAGGUAAAUAAAUAAAUAAAUUAAUUGCUUGAUUUGGUGAUUCAGGCGAUACAAUGUUGUUACGGGGGACGUUUCCGGCUUGCAAUGUCGCCGUCAGCGACUGUACUCAACCCCAAAAAAACAAUCAAUUCUCUCAUAGUUUCUUCAAUUUCACUCCACGGCGGCAAAAAUCCUUAUUUUCUGCUUCGGUUGUUCGGACCAAUGAGCAGAAGAAGGAAGUUGCAUUUGAGCCUAGCCUUGCUGACCGGCUUAGGCUUGGGAGCUUGACAGACGAUGGAUUGUCUUAUAAGGAGAAGUUCAUAGUUAGAUGUUAUGAGGUCGGAAUUAACAAGACUGCCACUGUGGAAACCAUCGCCAAUCUAUUACAGGAGGUUGGAUGCAACCAUGCUCAAAGUGUCGGAUUUUCUACUGAUGGAUUUGCGACAACCCUUACCAUGAGAAAAUUGCAUCUCAUAUGGGUUACUGCUCGCAUGCACAUUGAAGUAUAUAAAUACCCUGCUUGGAGUGAUGUUGUUGAAAUAGAGACUUGGUGCCAAAGCGAAGGUAGAAUUGGGACUAGACGAGAUUGGAUUCUCAAAGAUUAUGCUACUUGUGAAGUCAUUGGAAGAGCAACCAGCAAGUGGGUCAUGAUGAACCAGGACACAAGGCGUCUUCAGAAAGUCACAGAUGAUGUUCAUGAGGAGUACCUAGUCUUUUGCCCGAAAGAACUGAGGCUAGCUUUUCCGGAGGAGAACAAUAACAGCCUAAAGAAGAUAUCAAAACUGGAAGAUCCUGCUCAUUAUUCUAGGCUAGGAUUGGUGCCACGAAGAGCUGAUUUGGACAUGAAUCAACAUGUAAACAAUGUGACUUACAUCGGCUGGGUUCUUGAGAGUAUGCCUCAAGAUAUCAUUGACACACAUGAACUGCAAACGAUUACAUUAGAUUAUAGGCGUGAAUGCCAGCAUGAUGACGUAGUCAAUUCCCUCACGAGCCUUGAAUCGUUUGAGGACUCUGCUUUAGGGACUAACGGAUCAGCUACUGCUGCAAGAGAGAUAAACAAGAGCUUCUUGCAUUUGGUGAGAUUAUCAGGUGAUGGACUUGAAAUAAAUAGGGCCCGAACUGAAUGGAAAAAGAAAUUUGUUAAGAGCUGAAUUUCACAGGGCUUGCAUUUGUUGUAUUAUAUUAGUAGUAUAUUCUUCUACUUUGUCAUUUUUUGUGUUUUCAUAUCUCCUCUUGUUCAUUUUCAGUGUUCCCUCUCAUCUUUUGUAUUUUUAAUUUCUUUUUUUCUAUUUCUUUCCCCGGGGACCGGGUAUAUCUUGGUUGUAUAUCUCUUGAUUGGACUGUAAUGCCAUCCUCUUUAGUUA